AUCAGUUUGGCCAAUGGGGAUUUUUUGUCUCAUUCGUAAGCUAACUGUUCGCAGUAAACGACGGUUUGUGUUCAAUUCGAGUCGGUGUUAACACAUCAAAUAUUUAUUAGCUAUAAUGGGCGUACCAGCUGGUGAUGUUGAGAAGGGCAAGAAGCUGUUCGUGCAGCGCUGCGCACAGUGCCACACCGUCGAGGCCGGUGGCAAGCACAAGGUGGGCCCCAACCUGCACGGUCUGAUCGGUCGCAAGACCGGCCAGGCGCCCGGCUUCGCGUACACAGACGCCAACAAGGCCAAGGGCAUCACCUGGAAUGAGGACACACUCUUCGAAUAUCUGGAGAACCCCAAGAAGUACAUCCCCGGCACCAAGAUGAUCUUCGCCGGUCUGAAGAAGCCCAAUGAGCGUGGUGAUCUGAUCGCUUACCUGAAGUCGGCUACCAAGUAAAGUUGAGGCCAUCUGCAUCUAUAUCCUAAACACCAGCACCUCCACCUCAGCAACAGGAAACUGUAUUACGGGUGUCAGUAUCGCCUCCGAGCUGAUCUUGACGAUGAUGGCACGUAUUCGGGUCACAAUAAUAACAACUAAUUUAAAGCAGAAUACUGAACAUAAAAAUACAAUUAUGUUAAUUUUAAAGUUUAAAUAGGACAAUUACAUUAUUUAAUUUAUAAAGUGGAUAUAACUAAUUUAAAGCCGAAUAAAUUGUGACGCCCACGAGAUAAAUAACAACAAAUUAAAUAAAAACAAAA